UAGAGCUGCAGAGUGAAGUUUGUCAGAAACAGGAGGACCUUCAUCACUCUGCAGCUUCUGAUUAAACCAGCGAUUUCUCUGGAAACCUUUAUUCUGGGAGCAUGAAGGAACAAAACUUUAAGGAUGAGGUGGCAAAGAUUCUAGAAGAAGCUCCAAAUGCCAGGAAAGCUCUGCGAGAAAACUAUGAAAACCUUCUGAAUGUGGCUGAUUACUGCUACAACACCUACACACAGUCGGGUGAAAACACCCAGAAGGCCUUGGAGGAAACCAAAAACUUUACCACCCAGUCGCUGGCAAGUGUGGCGUAUCAGAUCAGCACUCUGGCUAACAGCGUCCUGAGUCUCCUUGAUGCUCAGAACAAUCAGCUGCGCCAGAUGGAGUCCUCCAUCAACCUGAUUGGUCAGACUGUAGAGAUGCAUAAGGAGAAAGUUUCUCGGAGGGAGAUCGGCGCCUUCACGACCGUCAGACGAGUUCCCCGUAACCAUAAGAUCAUUCCUCCUACUGCUGCUCAGCCUCGCCAACCCUACAGCCGCAGACCGAUCAACUACCAGCAGCUGGACGAGAUCGGCCAUGGCAUAAAGGUCUCUGGGAAACAGCCAGAGAAAACGGGAACGAUCCGGAAACACGGAGCCUCCGUCAGGUCCAACAAAGCUCCAGAGCCAGUUCAGUGCCCCGUUGCGCCCCCUGUUGGAGGGUCCAGCUUUGGCAAACCUGUAGCUCCGCCCACCAUCCCCGCCACCUGGCAGUCUCCACCUGAGUGUGACAUCAUCACCAAUUUGCUGGAUGAGGCUCCUCUUCCCCCUCCUCUGCUAACUGAUGAGCUGUUGCCCCAGAGCGAUGAUGUCAUCUCAGCGCUGCCCCCUCCUCCUCCUCCUCCUGAUUCUUCAGGUGUGAUGGUGGCUCCUACGGCUCCUCCUCCCCCACCGCCUCCUCCUUCGUCAUCAGGGGUUGUGAUCAGUCAAAGUGCUCCUCCUCCACCUCCUCCUCCUCCUCCUCCAUCUUCAGGGGCUGUGAUCAAUCAUGGGGCUCCAGCUCCUCCACCAAUCCCAUCACUUAGCUUAGAAACAGUGAUGGAGGAGAACAGCCUUCCACCUCCAUCCCCUCCUCCUCCUUCUGAUGAUAUUGGCUUCCCGCCGUUACCUAAUGACGAUUCAGAGCUGCUGGCCCCGCCCCCACCACCUCCACCCUCCCAAGAUGCAGAUGUGACCCUCACAUCUAGAAGGAGUCGCCGCCGCCGCUCGCCUCCAACUACUCGCUCUGUUUCUCUGAGGGUCCGCUCAGGUCCCGCCUCUCGCUGCCGCUACACUCGCUCCCUCUUCUUGCCUUCUGUUCAGUCAUUCAUGAUACCCCCCCCUCCUCCAUAUCCUCCCCCCAAUGCCCCCCAAGACCCCCCCAUCUCCUCCUCUUCCUCAUUUGCCGUGCUCUCUCACUCCUUGUCCUCCUCUCGACUUUGCUUACCUGCUCGUCUGGAACACCUGGAUCUUCAGAUUUUAGCCCCGCCUCCUCCUCUCCCAUUGGCUGAUGUUGGAUGUUUUGAUGACAUCAUGCCACCGCUCCCACCUCCAGUGGACUAUGACACCAGUGCCCCCCCAGACUACCUGGAGAAAGUGGUGGCGCUGUACUAUUACGAGGCCUCAAAGCCUGACGACCUUUCUCUAGCUGAAGGGGACAUCAUCUAUGUGACACGUCGCCAUGAUGACGGCUGGUGUGAGGGCGUCUGUAAUGGCCGGGAGGGCUUCUUCCCACAAAACUAUGUUCAGUCAUGUGACUAGAUGAAGCCACUCCCCUUUGCCUUACAAUAGAGAUGCUUCUCUCUGAUGAGCGGCUGUUUGGUGAUUUAUUUUUUUUCCAGCUUCAAGCAGGUAAAGUCAGGGAUUGACCUCUGUCUGAUGCUUAAUAACUAAAUAAAGUUGAUUACUUCAUAGGCUGUAAGGGGUUUCUGUCCUUCUGUGUUUGGACCUUCAGUUGGCACCAUUUCCUCUCUUUCUGAAAACAAAACACUAACAGACUAAUGAAAAACAUAAUCUUAUCCAUUUGAG